GGACGGCCUACUGUAUGUAGGGGUGACGAAGGAUCUCGGCGAAGGGGUGGUCGUCAAUGCUUUGAGUGUAUUGAGGUAUACGGGCGGUAUACAGGUGGAGGCGCAAAUCGCCACUGCCGUAGUCUAUGAGCGCAACUUCCUUCCUCCAUGGUCGCAGCGAUGCGCUUCACACUUCAUACGUGCUCAGUCUGCCGCCCAAGGGCAAAGCUCUACACAGCGCACCAUAUCACGAAAGAAGUCCGGCCGACUUUGAGUCCAAGACCCUCAUCCCUGGAAACGUCAACUUCCAUUGCCCUGCUGUCCUGUCCAACCUAUACGCUCCCUACGACUCCUACCCCACCUUCGGACCCGCCGUUGCCAGCGACGGUGGCGCCACUCCCGCUCCCGUCCCUGUCCCGGCUCCUUCCUCCUCUCCGACCGCUCCCGCGCAGGUCUCUACCCCCGCGGCGCCCGUGCCUACCUACACGGCGUCUUCUCCCAUACGCCUCACGAUUAAUGAAGCCAAUAAAAAGCCUUUGCGUUCACACAGGAUCCAUCCGCCAAAGAUGCGGAGGAGUCGUUGCACGAAGGCUAAGGUUUUUUAUGACCUCAUAAAUCCAAGCGAUGAGGAUGCCAAGUCAGACGGAACCCACUACCCCUCCUACUGGGUUGGAAUAUCCCAGAGGCGUGAUCUUCAACGGAAGCGGAGGGCAGAUGAAACUGCCCUCAACACUUCCCACUUCGUGUUGGGUAGAGGCUCUUCGUCUCAUCAUCCUUGGUGAUAUGUGCGGCUUUGUUAGAAAACAAAGCGAGGUACGAUGAACUGCAUAAUAUGAUCCUGUAACGGGGGAGCGAUCGGUGAAUACGAGGCCUUGGGGAAGUCAAAAUCGGCUGUUGGUGUGUGAAAGGUCCGGGUGGCCUACCUUAUGAGUA